AUGUCGAUGACUACAGAUCUUACUACCCGUUUAGAUAAACUGGAGGUGACACAACAGCAACAUGAUGCUCGUUUGGCGCACUUACAGACACAGUUAGAGACUGCUAAACCCGCGCGUGAGACGUUUUACCUCACGACAGCAAUCCAUUAUACAAAUGGUUUACCACACAUGGGUCACGCCUAUGAGAAUGUAUGCUCCGAUGUAAUAUCCCGUUAUCAUCGUGUAUUUGGUCGUGAUGUGUAUUUUCUCACGGGCACCGAUGAACAUGGUCAGAAGAUUGCACAGACAGCUGAAGCCGCUGGUGUGACACCUCAGGAGCUCGUAGACAAGUAUGCAGCUAACUUUCAGCAACUUACAAAGGAUUUGAACAUGAGUAACAAUAAUUUUAUACGCACCACGAGUGAUGUGCAUAAGAAGUUUGCCCAGUGGCUCUUCCAACGUGCACUUGACAGGGGCGAUGUGUAUCUUGGUAAUUAUGAGGGAUGGUACAAUGUACGUGAGGAAACUUUUGUCACUGAGACGGAGGCACAGCUUACGGACUAUAAAGAUCCAACAACCGGCACACCUUUUAAGAAAAUGCAGGAGCAGUCGUAUUUCUUCAAAAUGUCCAAGUAUCAGGAUCGCCUGGUUAAACACAUUGAGGAGAACCCUGAAUUCUUGCAACCAGAGGUGCGUCGUCAAGAACUGCUACGUCGUCUUAAGGAACCGCUCCAGGACUUGUCAGCUUCCCGUAAUACAUUUACUCACGGUAUCCCUCUGCUCAGUGACCCGCAGCACGUCCUCUAUGUGUGGUUUGAUGCGUUGGCCAAUUAUCUGUCAGCCAUUGGCUACCCGGAUGGCCCGGACGCUCGCUACUGGCCUGCGGACGUGCACAUUAUCGGCAAGGACAUUACGUGGUUUCACUGCGUCAUCUGGCCAUGCAUUCUGAUGAGCACGGAUAUUCCGCUGCCCAAGCGAGUGUAUGCUCACGGCUUUGUAAACGCCAAGGACGGUUCGAAGAUGAGCAAGAGUAUUGGUAACGUUAUUGACCCGUAUGAGAUGAUCAAUAAGUACGGACUAGAGUCGUUUCGCUACUUCAUUGUGCGUUCGGCGAAGUUUGGCCAAGACAUGCCCUUCUCCGAGGAUGACCUCAUCAACAUCCACAACUCGGAGCUUGCGGAUACCCUGGGCAACCUGGUGCACCGCACUGUCAACAUUUGCAAGAAGUAUUCGAGUGGCGUGGUGCCCGAUAGCAAGGCGGACAAGCCGUUUGAUAUCUACCAGUUGCUAAAGUACUCGGAGGAUUCGUACAAGGACUUCUCGCUGCAGAACGCUUGCAUUGCAAUCAUCAAUGCUGUGAAAGAUACCAACAAAUAUCUGACGGAAAAGGAGCCGUGGCAUAUGAGAGAGACUGAGCCACGCCUCGUUGUUGUCCGAACAUGCCUCGAGGCGAUCUUCGUGCUGGCCCAUUACCUGAUGCCUAUUAUUCCGAAGACCUCUGAGGCAAUUUUUCAAAAGCUCGGCACAUCGCCUAUUACGCUGACGGCGUUGUCUCCGGAUUACGACAACUUGAACCCUGGUGUUGAGGUUUCGAUUGGCAAUAUUUUAUUCAAUAAGAUUUUGACUGAGGAGGAGAAGCAGAAGCAGAGCGAGGCAGCAGCUGCAAAAACUAAACCUGCGGAAGCCAAGCUCGCAAAAGCCGCUACGCCGUUGUUCGCCUCGCUAGACAUCCGCGUUGGUGUCAUCUCCAAGGUAUGGAAGCAUCCGGAUUCAGAGAAGCUGUACUGCGAAGAGAUUGACAUUGGUGAGGAAAAGCCCAAGCAGAUUGCUUCGGGUUUGCAGGCCUUUUACUCUUUGGAGGAGAUGCAGAACCGCAAGGUGCUUGUGCUGCUGAACCUGAAGCCGGCCAAAUUAGGCGGCUUCAAGUCGCACGGCAUGGUACUUUGUGCAUCCGACGCGACCCAUGUAAAUGUGCAGCUCGUGGAGCCUCCUGCUGAUGCCAUGGUGGGUGAGCGUGUAACGGUGGCGUCGGAAAGUGGCGAGCCGCUGUCUGCGGCGCAGAUUAAGAAGCAGAAGGUACUUGAAAAGGUUUCACCGGACUUUAUAACGGACGACAAGUGCGUGGCAACAUACAAGGGUGAACCGAUCAUGACUUCUAUCGGCCCGUGCACCGCUAAAUCUCUAAUUAAGGCGUAUAUUAGCUAG